GGCAUGGUGAUUUCCAACGGUAUUCCACCCAAUAUUACCAAAGUGUCCGCUUGGGAUAGCAUAAACAUGGAGGUCCUAAGAACGACGAUAACAAGUUCAAUGUUUACCUGCAUCUUCUUCUUCCUGCUCUUUAUGGCAGCCAUGUUAACCAUCUUCUUCACCAAUUCAGUUGCCCGAGAAACAACUCGCUACAUCCUUUUUAUCCACAUGCUCAUUAAUGACGCGGCCUACCUAUGCCUUGCCCUUCUUCUUUUUGUCUGUUUUGCCUAUCAAGUUACCUUCCCUGUCCCCGUCUGUUACCUUAUCGUCACUCUAUCCUCGACCACCAUCAAGGUCACGCCGUAUAAUCUGGCGGUGAUGUCCUUGGAAAGAUACGUUGCCAUAUGUUUCCCCCUAAGACACGGAGAGUUUUGCACCGUUCCAAGAACGUUCCUUGCCAUUGCAUUGGUAUGGACGAUAUGUCUGAUUCCUAACGUUGCUGAUUUUAUUAUUCUGUGCUCCUCUGUUAACAAAAGAUUUUUUUUACUUUAUGCGAUAUGCUCCCGGUCAACUUUUACCAUCAUCCCCAUGCAGGAAGUAAUAAGGAUUUUUGCCUACGUCUUGGCGUUUUCCCUCACGGGGCUGGUGAUCCUCUUUACUUACAUCAGAAUCACCCUGAUUGCGUUGAGGAUCUUCUCAAAAAAGGAAUCAGCCUCCAAGGCUGCGAAAACCAUGAUGCUUCAUGCUGUUCAGCUUAUGUUGUGCAUGUCAACCUUUGGCUACAGCAUUGUAGAAUUAUUCACCAAGGAUAAUUUAGUUCUUUUACCCUCUAUUAAUUUCUGUUUUUUCAUGUGCCUUCCAAGAUUCAUCAGUAUAUUUAUCUACGGUGCACGGGAUGAACUGUUCUUUGGCUACUUAAAGAGAUGUUUCGUCCGCAGUGCUUCCAAAAUUGUCCCAAGCUCAGCAACAUGAAAGAUGGUAGACCAUGACCUGCAUGUCUUGGGUUCUGAGAUACAGAUGAAAUGCCUAUUGUUCCAAAAUAAAUAUCAAGGCCAGAUUUAUACUUUCUCUCUCCAACAAAGCCAACAGUCUUGUGCCACUCCUCUUAAUCUUCAAUCUAACAUUAGUGUUGCAUUCAUUUUAGACUCCAUAGCCCCAGAGACAUACGAAGACUGGUAGUCGUGAAGGCUGAAAGAGAGAGGUCAUCUGGGCAAUACACCCGGAGCUGAUGACUAAAGGGCUAGGAAGGAUUGUCCCCCUACUCUGAUAACAGUUAAUGUCUAGCUGUAUGGACUCAUAUUAGAGGAACUGUAAGCACACAGUAGACCAGGGGUGCCCAACCUUUUGAAGGGCAAGGGCCACUGAAGCGACUUGGUAACCGGUCGCGG